GUUUGUUCUCCCAAAUCGCACUUAUGCCAAAGGCCUAACUUAUUUGUCACCAUCUCUGCAAAUUGCUACACCAUGGUAGGCCAACAGAAACAACAGUGGAUGCCCACUGCUGGCUCACAGAAAACACAGGAACCUCCAAAAAGUUUCGAAGAAUUUUUACAGUUUCAAAACCUGGAUUAUUGGCCAAAGGAAAUUGGUUUUCAAAAUAAUAAGUGGAUACACCUUCUGAAAAGUGUGAAAGAAGAUAGUUCAUUUAUCUCAAUUUAUUCAUACCUAUGGAAUACUGUUCCUCGAAUAGAUGAGGCACUCAUAAAAAUGGAUUCAAGAUUACAUGAAUGUUCACUUCUUCUGAAACACCAUGCAUGCAGAAUAUUUGAGUGGAAUGACAUGAUUUCCAAGACAACUGCUUUUGAAAAACUGGAAAGAUACAAGACAUUUAUAAAGAAGUAUGAUAAGAAAAGGAAGAUCAUGCUUUCAGAUAUAAUGAUGACAAAGAAGAAUAUAGAGGGUUGCAACUUCUCAGGAUUCAAAAAAAAUGAACUGACUCAGCUACCCAGACAUUUAGAUGCUGAACGAAUUUAUCUUUUUGUCUUAAAAUCCCGUAACUAUGAUGAAAGAGUGUUUAAAACCUGGAAGAUUCAUUUUCUAUCAGAAGCCUCCAUUGCUCUUUUACAUGACUGUUUUUGGUGGUGGUUUCUACAUAAAUUUAAGAUAUAUCCUGAUUGUUUGGCACAAGCUAUCUAUGUAACAUUCCGGGAAGCAUUUCCAGAAUCUAGUCAGCUCUUUAAUGAGGAAUUUAAAGAAGAUCUAGGAAACACCGUAUUUCUUUGGUUGUCAGGUUUAAAACCACCAAGAGGGUUUUGGACUCAUUGGAAACUAGAAAAACUUUCCACAAUAACCAUACAUGGUAGCACACACACAACUGCAAAAUCAAUAAAGCAAAAGAACAGAAACAGCGAAGAACAUGUGCCAGAUGACAUGGACACCACAAAAAUAUUAAAGAAUGCAAGAGUUUCUGUAUCGUCCACGUUCAAGGAAGACUCAAGACCAGCAAUAAAGUCUCAUUAUAGUAGCAAUGGUCCAGAGUUUUACCACAUUCUCUUCAAUCUGGGAGGUCAGAGUCCACUAAUUCUAUAUUAUCUUAAAAUGCAUAAUCUAACUAGUACUUCCAAAGUCCUUAAACAAACCAAGAUCAAACUCACUAAAAUAUUCCAAGAACCAUAUCCUUUUUAA